AUGGACUUCAUUCACAAGCUCAUCAACAUUUCACUUCCUGCUAUAGCCAUCCUUUUGCUCCUCUUUUUCUUGCCGCCAUAUCUCAUUUUCAAGUAUUUUAGCUAUAUUCUCAGCGAAAAUGUAGCAGGAAAAGUUGUGCUCAUAACUGGCGCGUCUUCAGGCAUUGGUGAGGUUUCUUACAAGUAUGUGAGGAGAGGAGCUCGUUUAGCCCUUGAUGCUAGGAGAGAAGAUCGUCUGUGCGUAGUUGCUGAUGAAUCCCGUUGGCUAGGGUCACCAGAUGUUGUAGUUAUCCCGGCAGAUGUUUCAAAGCUGGAAGACAGUAAACGCUUUAUUGACAAAGCUGUAAACUACUUUGGACGAGUGGAUCACUUGGCGAGCAAUGCUGCUAUUGUUAAACUUGGAUUGUUUGAAGAUGUAACACAAAUUUCUGAAUUCGCUCCUACUAUGAGCACAAAUUUCUGGGGUUCAGCAUACGGAACCCAUUCUGCAGUUCCACCCCUAAGAAAAAGCAAAGGGAAAAUCAUUGUGAUUGCUUCAGUUGCUGGAGGGGCGCCGUUGCCAAAGACAAGCUUCUACAAUGCAGGCAAGGCUGCACUAAUUAGCUUUUACGAGACGUUGAGGGUUGAGUUUGGUUCAGACAUUGGAAUAACGAUUGUCACCUCGGGCUUAAUCGAGACAGAUAUGGUCCAAGGAGAGGCAUAUACAUCAGAGGUAACUGAAGGGUGUGCAAAGGCAAUUGUGGCAAGCGCUUGCCGUGGAGAUAGGUGCUUGACAGAGCCAUCUUGGUGUAGGGUGGGACCGUUGUUAAAGAUGCUUUGCCCUGAGUUAUUAGAAUGGGCUUGCCGUUUAACCUUGGUUGGCAGACCUGGGUCUUCAAAGAAAACAUCUUAGCAACAACAAUACUUGUUCCAAGGAAUGAACGUUUGUUCAAGAUUUAAGCGAUUCGGUUUUAGCAAACUAAAGGGACCAGUGUUGAUGUGGCUUGUGGAGUUUUAACUCGAUUUUGCAUAUGAAACUAAAGUUGAAGAACCCAGAUGUUAUGUUUGUUUGGAAUUAGAAAUGUCUUAUG